AGUCUAGUUCUCUACCUUCCCUCUUACAUUGUCCCUAAUUCCACUCCUCGCAUCUCUGCUUUCUGUCUCGAUUUUCUAGAGAGAGAGACUCAGUCGACUGUUUUCAAACAAUAUCAAUGGGGUUCGUAUCGUUCCUUGGAAGGGCUCUAUUCGCCUCUGUCUUCGUAUUCUCAGCAUGGCAAGAGUAUAAUGAAUUUGGCAUUGAUGGGGGCCCGGCGGCAAAGUCCUUGGCCCCAAAGUUCGAUGUUUUCUCAAACCACGUGUCAGUACUGACUGGGCUUCAAGUACCAGACGUAGAAAUCAAAUAUCUAGUUGCUGCAGGUAUAGCUAUGAAGGGUCUUGGGAGCAUUCUUUUCAUCCUUGGUAGCUCUCUUGGAGCUUAUCUACUGCUUCUACACCAGGCAAUUGCUAUUCCAAUCUUGUUUGACUUCUACAACUACGAUAUCUAUAAGAACGAAUUUGCUCUGCUUUUUCUCAAGUUUACACAGAGUUUGGCAAUGAUGGGUGGAUUGCUCUUCUUUAUUGGCAUGAAGAACUCAAUGCCAAGGAGACAUAAGAAGAAGGCUCCCAAAACUAAGACUAACUGAGAAAAAAUAGCUUCGGUUCCAUUUGGAUAUCACUCAGGAUUGCGUUUUGCAUGCUUGUUUGGUUGAGGAGGCAGUUUGCUGCUCUUCCUUUUGCCUUCGUUUAAUGCUUUUUAACAUUUACAGUGGGGUGAUGUUUCAUCGGGGAUUUAGAAAUUUUUAGUUGAGUUCCAGAGUACGUUUCAUGAGGAAAAAGUCUGAUUCCGUGUCCGUACCCGGUUUACUCUAGAUUCAUUUAAUUUGAGAAGGUUAAAUUU